GAGUGGGGGGAUUAGUGGAUUGUUAAGUCAGUAAUGGAGUGAUGAAGUAACUAUACAGUGAAGAUAGUACCUUACCCUAUUGAUGUGUGUGUUGUUCAAUAACUAUUUCUUCAACAACCUUCAUAGUAUAUUUCUCAGCAACAUGGUGUUUCUUAUUCACUACUUUUCUCACAUUUGGCACAAAUCGAACUCAUCUGUGAGUGCGCGUCAUUGUUAGUAGUUAGAAGACAAAAGUAUAUAACCUGUGCACAUUGUAGCAAAAAGAAUUUCGCAACAUGGCGUUUAGCAGCUUUUACAAGUCGUAAUAUCAAACAUGAAUAUAACUUUUGAUACUUUGAUAGAAGAUUCAGUUCGUCAUUUCUUGAACAUUCUUGGAAGGAGACUGUACCUUCAAGUUGAUAUUAUGGAAGAUCGAAGUGCUUUAGCUGAAAUGAAUGAAAGAUACAGAGCUUUAGACGAUAAUCUAAGACUUAAUAUUGCCCCAAGACAUGGUCAAAAUGACGGUCAAUAUCAAUUAUUAUGCUUCUUGAUUGCUGAUUUCAGAGUAAUGAAAAGUAAAAGUUCAAUAGUGAGAUUACAGCUGGAUUAUAUGGAAUCUGUUGCAUUUUCCGAAGACAUAAACUAUAUUAUUGCCAAAGGAAUGAGCACCAUACUGCGCAGUGUGAAUUUAGGCACGCUCAGGGGUUUGAGUUUAUCUUUAGACGAAGUCGUUAAUCUAUUAAACAAUUUUUUCUUUUUGUCAACAGUUUUCAACUUCAACAUAAGCUGCGCCAUAAGAGGCUUUGGUAGUGUCAAUAGCACAAAUACCAGGGUAUACAACUCAUAUGUAAAGAUUCUUCCAAUUACAAGAACUCAAAUUCAAGAUACUUACAUUUCAAGAAUUGUCGAUGAAUUGAAAAUUCCUAUUUCCGUCCUAACAGAUAUCCAACUUACGGUGCCAAAUUUUACAGAGUCGACGACAAUCGUAGAUGAAUACAGCCUCUUUGCAGCUUCACAGAAUUGCUACCUCAGAUUACUCAGAAUCCUCUUAAAAGGGUAUAAUGCUGAUAUGUUUUAUGAAACACUGGUACAAGAUAUAGAAACGCAGAUUUCAGUAAAACCAGAUAGCUAUGCUCAAGUGCAAAAUGAGAGAAUUAAUAUAGAGUAUAAAAAAAAUGUCCUUACAUGGGCUAGAGAUAGGAUCCCAAAUCAACCACCGUUCGAAAGACCCAAAAUGUUUAUUAACCUAUUUAGCCAAAUUACUUACCAAACGUUGUUUGGUGAAUCAGGGUUCGGGUUUGUAGUAGAUUUUAAAAAUAUUUUAAUUCAAGAAAUAAAAUUUCUGAUUGAUCCAGAGUCAUUAAGUCCUAAUCUCAGAGCCAUAAGGUGCAGAACAUCAAUAAUUAAUUUCAAUGAUUCCCAUUAUACAGCAGCAUUGGUAAUAGCCAGUUUUGUUAUUAAAAGGAUAAACUCUUUCCUGGAUAAGCGUGCCUCCAUUAAAAGGUUCAAAAAAAAAUUGAGAAAACCAAUAGAGCUUUAGAAUCAAUAGUGAACUUAAAGUAUAGUUGAUAGCGUAUAUAGUUGAUAGCGUAUAUAGUUGAUAGCGUAUAUAGUUGAUAGCGUAUAUAGUUGAUAGCGUAUAUAGUUGAUAGCGU